AUUUCUAAAUUCUAAUUCUACCAAACCCCACUCUUUUUCUUCUCUCUUCUCUUUCUCCUCAAUCCGCUCAAUAUCUCCAUGGACCUUCACGCACCCACAUCAACAAACCCUACAACUCCUCUUUCUCCUCAUCAAUUUCAUGUUUCACUUGGCGUUUUUAGCAUCAGCUGAUAUCCGAAUUAAGAUUUUGAAGUGGUUUGCAUCACAUAUUUGAUGGCUGAUGAUUGUACAAAUGGAUAAAAUGUCUGCUCCUUCAUCACGGGAGCUUGCUCAACGUCUUUAUGACAAGAAUAUUGAGUUGGAGAAUAGACGUCGGAAGUCGGCCCAGGCAAGAAUUCCCUCAGAUCCUAAUGCCUGGCAACUAAUGCGUGAGAAUUAUGAAGCCAUAAUUCUCGAGGAUCAUGCUUUUUCUGAACAGCAUAAUAUUGAAUAUGCUCUCUGGCAGUUGCAUUACCGGCGGAUUGAGGAACUAAGGGCGCACUUCAGUGCUGCUUUAGCUUCUUCAGGCUCAGCCACAUCUCAGAGUGCAAAAGGCCCACUGCGUCCUGAUCGAGUUGCAAAAAUACGUCUGCAAUUUAAAAACUUCCUUUCUGAAGCAACUGGAUUUUACCAUGAACUAAUUUUAAAAAUCAGAGCUAAGUAUGGGCUUCCUCUGGGAAAUUUCUCUGAGGAUUCAGAGAAUCAAAUUGUUAUGGAGAAAGAUGUAAAGAAAUCUACGGAGAUGAAGAAAGGGUUGAUAUCAUGUCAUCGUUGUUUGAUAUACCUGGGUGAUCUUGCUCGUUACAAAGGACUAUAUGGAGAGGGUGACUCCAAAACUCGUGAUUAUGCAGCAGCUUCCAGUUACUAUCUGCAAGCUGCAUCUCUCUGGCCGUCAAGUGGGAACCCUCAUCAUCAGCUGGCAAUAUUGGCUUCCUAUUCUGGUGAUGAGUUGGUGGCUGUGUACCGGUACUUUCGGAGUUUGGCUGUAGAUAGUCCCUUUUCAACUGCAAGGGAUAACUUGAUUGUUGCAUUUGAGAAGAAUCGUCAGAAUUUCUCUCAGCUGCUUGGGGAUGCUAAAGCUUCUGCUGUUAAGGAGUCACCUGUGCGGAUGACUGCCAAAGGUAGAGGGAAAGGGGAGGCAAAACUUCCAUCAAAAGAUUCCAACAUGGAAACCAGUAUUGUCAAGGGGACAGCAUCCAGUAUCCAUGAGACAUAUAAGACCUUCUGCAUUCGAUUUGUUCGUCUAAAUGGAAUCCUUUUCACCCGUACAAGUUUGGAAACAUUUGCAGAGGUUCUCUCCUUGGUCAGCAGUUCUCUGAAUGAGCUUCUUUCUUCUGGACUGGAAGAAGAGAUGAAUUUUGGUAAAGAUGCUGUAGAGAAUGGUCUUGUCAUUGUUAGGCUAAUCUCCAUUCUCAUAUUCACAGUUCACAAUGUGAAUAGGGAGACUGAAGGUCAGACUUAUGCAGAAAUCUUACAGCGUACGGUUCUGCUCCAAAAUGCAUUUACUGCAGUUUUUGAGUUUAUGGGUCACAUACUAAAGAGAUGUGUGCAGAUCUGUGAUCCUUCAUCAAGCUACCUUUUACCUGGCAUUCUGGUUUUUGUGGAGUGGUUGGCCUGUUGUCCGGAUGUUGCAGUGGGCAAUGAUGUCGAUGAGAAACAAGCAACUGUUAGAUUGGUGUUUUGGAACCAUUGUAUAUCCUUUCUGAAUAAGCUGUUGUUGGAUGGGCUGGUGUCCAUAGAUGAUGAUGAAGAUGAGACUUGUUUUUCUAACAUGAGCAGGUAUGAAGAAGGGGAAACUGAAAACCGACUUGCAUUGUGGGAGGAUUUUGAGCUGAGAGGAUUCUUACCCCUUGUUCCUGCACAAACCAUUUUGGAUUUUUCAAGGAAGCAUUCAUAUGGAAGUGAUGGCAAUAAAGAGAGAAAAGCACGUGUUAAAAGGAUUCUUGCAGCAGGAAAGGCCCUAGCGAACGUGGUUAAGGUUGAUCAGAAAACAGUCUGUUUUGAUUCGAAGGUAAAGAAGUUUGUCAUUGGUGUUGAGCCUCAAGUAUCAGAUGAUUUGACAUUUUCCCCAUAUUUAGGCAUGCCAAAAUCUAAUGGUGUGGCACUAGAAUUUCCGGCAGACAAAACAAUGAAUUUGGGAAUUAUGCAGCCAAAGGCACCAAAUGUGGAAGGGGAAGAAGAGGAUGAGGUGAUUGUUUUCAAGCCAACAGUGAAUGAGAAGCGAACUGAUGUGAUUGGUCUAACCCAGAGCCCUCACCCGGGCCUGGAGCCUGACCAAAAUGCUUCUGCACGUGAAUUGCAAUUUUAUGGUGGUUCUGUUUCUGCCCCUCUCAACAAUCUUCACCAGCUUACUGCUUUAGAUGCAAGUUCACAGCCACUUGUAUCUGUUGCUAAUAUUGUUCCCCAGCAUCUGCAACAACUUCUGCCACGGUUUGUGGAAGAGGCAGCUUCUGUUGCGAAUGGUUUGAGAAGUUUGAGUUUUUUGGAGAAUGGACACCAAAUGAAACCUGGGAUACAAGAAGAUGCAAUUGUUUCUUAUCCUGCUUCACUUCCCCUUCCUAUCCAACCAUAUGCCAAUCUUGAUGCUCAUGGCAUGUUUUAUGGUCGGACAAAACCCCUAGAAUCAAUCGUACCAUCCAAGAUUGGCUCUAUUGCAUCUGCUGGACUUAAUGCUGAUUGUUUGAUUGUAAAGACAUCAUCAGAUUUACCUGCAAGUUCGAGGAAAACCCCAGUGAGCCGACCUGCUAGGCACCUUGGACCUCCACCUGGUUUUAGCUCAGUUCCUUCUAAACAAGUAAAUGAGCCCACAUCUGGCUCAGAUUCAAUGACUGAGAAUCCACUAAUGGAUGACUAUAGCUGGUUGGAUGAAUAUCAGUUACCAUCAUCAAUGAAAGGCAAAGGGCUUAACAGUUCCAUCAAUUAUCCACCUAAUGCAAGCCCUCAACUUGUUAGUAACAGCAAUACCUUGGCAGGGACGAUUACUUUUCCCUUCCCUGGAAAACAAGUUCCAACAGCACAGAUCCAAGUGGAAAAACAGAAAGCAUGGCAAGAUCUCCAACCUCGUGAGCAUCUAAAACUACACCAUGAACAGCAGCUGCAGCAACCACAACAACAACAGCAACAACUCCUGAAAGAAUAUCAGCAAUUUACUCCACUGCCAGAUCAAUAUCAGGGACAGUCUGUGUGGCCAGGUCGUUAUUUCGUGUGAGAUCAUUUUGAGAGCACAGAUGGUUCCUCUGAUCUAGCAUUUGUCUGUUCUUGAGGUCCUUGAGCAUGGUUCUGGUGAUCGACCUGCAUUUUGUUGGUACCAAAUUUGGGACUCCAACGUUGCAGCCUUGUCAAUGUUGUUAAGUCUUUGUUGGAGGAUGGUGUGUUGGCAUCUUGCAGGCGUGUGCUACUAAACAAAUUGCACCGAGCUCCCCAGCCCAGAGGAAGAGAAAUUGUGAAACAACUUUAUGAUGUGAAGUUCAGAGUAUAUCCCUUGUCUGGUCACUUGGGAUGGAGAUAUACCGUGUUAGUAAAGAUCAUCCACAGUUCUUGAGGCUUGUGUUUCAAGAAGUUUGAGUGGAAUAAAGAUGGUGUACUCACUAGUCUACUAAACUGUGAUAACAUUCUAGAUGUCAGAUGUGAUGUUAUCGAUAUCGUCAUCACUGUUACCAUCAUCAGCCAGCUGAUGAUACAUGUAUCAUGCUACCUAACCAGUUUUCUGUUGAAGGCUUUGGAGCUCAAGUCAGGAAGUUGCUGGGUAGGAGCCUGGGUAUCAGAAGCUAAAUUAAUUCUAGGAUCAUAAUGAAGCAUAAAAGAGCAGUAUAUUAAGUUGAAUUGUUAUGUCUAUGGUUUUGUGUCUGGAUUAAGACUCUGUCUAUGAUACUAUUAUAUGCCUUGCUAAGUAUGAUAGAUGAUAAAAUGCAAAAACUGGUUUUUCUGUGUUGAGAACCGACUCGGAACCUCCUUCAAUGAAAUAAUGUCUAUGGGUUGUACCCUCUAUUGAAAUAUGUAUUCUAUGUGAAAUUGAGGUUGGGGAACUGCUUCCUUCAUGCCCACUGCCUCAUUACCUAGUGUGAUUGUGAUUGUUA